AUGGAGUAUUUACGCGGCUUGAAGAAAUAUCGCUUUUUUCACUAUUCGGCAACCGACCCGUUGGAAGCCAGUAUGGAUAUUACUGGCGGCAUUGAGUCGUUCAACAAAUCCAUGGGAGUGUCGUUCUUCAAGCGCAAGCAUUCUUUCGUCAACUUUUUCUUCAUCUUCGGCAUCAGCAACUUGGUGCUGUACGUAGUGAGCGUGCUAAAGUCGGCUUACGAGUCGCGUCACGAUACGACGAAGCUUAUCUACUGCAUUGCCACGUUCGGGUUUGGCUGUCAGACUAUUAUGAAGAUUUACAGCUUUAUCAUAACCCGCCAGCGUGUAGUUGAUCUGUACGAGAGCAAUCACCGGUACUAUCAGGAAAUGACGAGCCAAAGCAACGCGGUCAAGCGCGUUUCGUGUGACAAUGCAAGCCUUAUUUAUAUUAUCAUCAAAGGCACUGUUUUAGUUUAUCUCCUGUUGGUUAUCGCUACGAUGGCUAUACCGGGGGUUUCUUCAAUAUUUCUGGCUGAUCGUAUACUACCUUUUGGAUUCGUGAUGCCCUUCAUCGAAGGUGACACCUUAACAUGUUACGUGUGGAAUUAUUUCUUCCAAGUUGUAAUGGCCACCUUCUAUUGGAUCAUAACCGUGGGUACGGAUGUCACUACCAUCUACAAUCUAAUCACUGCCUACGGACAGUUGGACGUACUAAUGACGAUCAUUGGAGAGCUUGACGAGCUGCUGGAACGCGACGAGUGUCCGCAGAAGAUUCGAGACAAAAUUAUUGAGAUCGUCCGGCAGCAUCAGCAUCAUCGAUCCUAUUUGCAGCAGCUGGUAGACUUUUUGAAUCCCUAUCACUUUGUUACUCUUGGAUCCACAGUCCCUACGAUGGUAAUUUCCGUUCUCGGGUUGGUUCUGCUUGAUUGGUAUCCGGGUGCUGCGAUAGUGUUUCUUGGAUCGGUCCAAAUAUUUUACAUUUGUUUUCUUGGAACCAGUCUUGAAAUUAAGACCGAUGCUCUUACGCUGAAAGUCGGUGCUAUUCAUUGGAACAAACUUUCUAUUCGGGACAUGAAGUACAUGAACUUUGUGCUAGCGAUGACUCAGAAACCAAAGAUGUUGGCAGUUACCACAUUACCAUUGAACAUUACUGCAUUUUUGAAGAUUCACAAACUGAUCUACUCCUUGAUCAUGAUGCUGGAAAACACAAAGGAUUAA